GUGGAAGUAGCUGAAGACCUCAACAGUGUUGGAUCGUGAAGCUGCCCAAACAUUUGGCGCCGUCUGUGGGAAUUGAACAAGAAGUUGUGUAGCUUAACCUGCUGAAAGACAAAAUGGUUCGUACUUUUAUCGGAAGUCGCCCCCUGAGAAAUGAAAUGGACGAACAAGAGGACACUCAACUAUCUGACCUUGGCUUGAAUGAUUUUAGACCAAUGCCGAGAAACCUUUUCGUUGGGGGAGCAGAACAAGAUCAGUUAAGUGGAACAGAUGAUGAUGAAAGAACACUAAGUGGGUAUGCAACUCAGCCUGAACACUUCCAAAUUCCAACAGGAACAAGGCAAAGACAUCCCAGGCAAGGUAGUCUACAGCAUGAACGACCUGAAAGGUCAACAGUGCCUGCUCGAACAACCGAGCUCGAAGAGAGAACCAAAGUUCUCGAAAUGGCAAUGGGUAAAAUCCUUGUCCGCCUGAUCCUUGAUGACCCCCUGAUUCCUUUGCUGAACAGGGAUCCACAGCCAGCUGCAGUGGUUGCAACCCGUAACUCCUCGGCCCUGAGUAAUGUGGUGGUCCCAACCAGACCAAGGGGAAGUGGGAGGUUAAACCUAGAACCCAGCUCAUCUAAGCAUAAUGAAGAAUUGAUAAAGAAAAACACUAACCCCGAAAGACAGCUCAAAGAUGUUCAUAAGAAGGAAGGAGAAUCCCUGAGGGAUUACAUGCAACGGUUCAACAAGGCCACCUUAGAUAUUGAUAACGUCCCCGAUACCAUCUGCUUGUCUGCCUUGCUGCAUGGUUUGAAGAGUGGUCGGUUCUUAGACAACCUACUAGAAAACCCACCAAAGACGUGGAACGAAGUAAAUGACAGGUUGGCUAGCUUCAUAUUGUCAGAAGACUUCCAGUCGUCCAAGCGACGAGCUGAUAAUAGACAAAGCAAAAGCCACGAACAACCACUGAGGAGAGAGGAAAAGAAAAAGAAAAAAACACAAAUCCAGCACUGGAUUAAAAGACCCCCACCCCCACUGCAUGAUUCCCUAAGAGUAGAAAAAAGCAAGCAUUGUGACUAUCAUCGUGCAUACGGUUACAAUACAGAAGACUGCCAACACUUACAAGACGAGCUGGAGUUUUUAGCUUGCAAUGGGAAACUAGAAGGAUAUGUCCAGAAGCCCUACGCCCAGCAACCAACUCAAACCCAUUUUGUACAGGGGGGCCGUCAAUUCAAUAAGAGAGGACAAGGACAAAGAACCGCCACCCAGAACCAAAAAGACAGGAAAGGGGUAGGCUAUGCUAGGAUACCCUCGCCCUCGAGCACAAUAAAUAUGAUCUCGGGUGGUAUACACUCUGGAGGCCAAAGCGCUCGGGGCCAACCACGCUUUAGGAUGGCUUUUGUUAGCUUUCUAGUCGUCAAGAUGGAAUCAACUUUCAAUGCUAUAUUAGGAAGAGCCACCCUGUGCGAGCUGAAGGCUGUUAUUUCACAACCACAUCUCUGUAUGAAAUUCCCAACUCCCCAGGGGGUAGGAAUGCUUAAGGGGAAUCAAAAGAUGACCAGAGCCUGCUACCAAGAUACUUUCAAGAAGGUCGAGCUCGCUGCAGCCCCGAGAGGCUCUUCUGAAAUCCACAAACCUACCCAGCCCGGUCAACAGACAAUGAGUAUAUCAGAUAUUGAGCACCGACCUGAAGGAGUCGAGCAGAAGGCUGAGCCGAUAGAACCAGUAGAAGCAGUCCCCUUAAACCCUGAUGUGCCGAAAAGAACAAUUAAGAUCGACACCAAGCUUACAGAAGAAGAGCGAGCAGAGCUUUUGGAGUUUUUAAAUGUUAACCAAGAUGUGUUUGCAUGGACAACGGAAGAAAUGCCCGCCAUUCCAAUGGAGUUGACAGUCCACAAACUCAGCACGGACCCCACCAAAAGGCCGGUAGUUCAGAAACGUCACCUUUUUGGCCCUGAGAAGCAAGCUGCUAUAGAUGAAGAGAUACAAAAGCUGCUACAGGCAGGCUUCAUCAGGAGAGUUGAAUACUCUGAGUUGGUGUCCAACCCUGUGCUCAUUAAAAAACCAAACGGCAAGUGGAGGAUGUGUAUUGAUUUCACCAACUUAAAUGAGGUGUGUCCAAAAGACCCUCAUCCCUUGCCAAAUGUUGAGAAGCUAGUAGAGCGGGUAGCCGGACAUGAAUGGAUGAGUUUCCUUGACGCUAGUUCGGGCUAUCACCAGAAGCUGGUGCAAGUCGCCUUUAAGCUCCAAAUCGGUAGGAAUAUUGAAGUAUAUGUGGACGACAUGAUAGUCACCAACAAGCGAGCUAAGGAUCACAUAGACGACCUAAAUGACACAUUUCAAAACUUGCGCAGAGCCCAAAUGAAGCUGAAUUCCUUGAAAUGCACAUUUGCUGUGGAAUCAGGAAAAUUCCUAGGGUACGUGGUAUCCAAGAAAGGAAUUGAGGUAAAUCCAGAGAAGGUUCAAGCCGUUCAUCAAAUGGAGCCUCCCAAGACCGUAAAAGAUGUGCAGCGUCUGACAGGUCGUGUGGCCGCAUUACAUAGGUUCAUAACCAGAUUGGCAGAAAGAUGCCUCUCGUUCUUCAAAGCCCUGCGAUAGCCUAAGAACUUUCGGUGGACCGAUGAGUGUCAGCAUGCGUUUGAUGAGCUCAAACAAUAUCUGGCAUCAGCACCCCUACUGUCUAAGCCU